UCUUCUAAGUGCUGCUGUUGUGGCGGUGUCAUUGUGUUUACUUCAUAGCUACCUACACGAAUAGCUAGCUAGAACAAAGUGUUAAUAAGAUUUAAAAAAUACAUUUAAAAGAUUUAAAAGCAAUACAAAUAAAAGUUCACCAUAGACUGUGGAGUGGCUUCCGGGUCUCCUUCCAUAUUUGUGUGAAGGGCGGGCCUUUUAUGCAGUACUGCUACAGGGAUACAAAUAUGGAAAUACAGGGGCUUUCUCAUGCCCAAAACAUUCACUGUCAACAUGGCGCCCCACAAAGAACAGGUUCGUAUCCCCUUAGGACAACGACAGGGGCACGUUCUCUCUCCAUUUCGAACGAAAAUGAAACACAGGAGGAUUCGGAAUCGCUUGAACUUCAAAGUGACAACAACAAUAGGACAAGAACAUCUACAUUUCGCCUACUGGCAGAAAAUGGCAGCGUUCUUUGCCUGCCCGUCUGCAAGCAAAAGGGUAUAAACAAUAGCCCACUUCAAACCCAAACAGCGAAUGUGGGGCUUCGUAACAUGAAUACUUUGAAAGCGAGGGAACUGCUCCGUAACAUGAAUACCUUGAAAGCGUGGGAACUGAACGCAAAACGACCUCCACACGAUUUUUUUAGGACUGGUUACAAAUACGAAAUUGAAAGUGGGGAUAAGUUAUUGCAAAUGGCGUUGCCUUUCUUUGCAGGAGAAGAGGAACAAUAUCAGCAACAGCAGGUACAACCUCCGGUUUUACGGCAGCAACAUGAAGACGGCGCUUCCCUGUUGCAGUCAUUGUCGAGCGAGAGCACCACUAACGCUAAUAAAAACACAGAGGAAUAUUAUGUGGUUUUCAACAUUGUCCAAGAUGAUGGUAAUGGGGCAGAUAAAGACGGAAAUCCAUAUAAAGAUGGGGAUACGUUAAACGGUAAUAUGAAGCUUGAACAUUCCAAGAUCAAUCAAUGUAAUUCGAUGGAGUUUCAAACCACCAGUAGUACUCUUAUUGAAUCCGAUGACAACUUGAACAAUUUAGCAGCAGAGACCUUGAAACGAACUGUUCAUUUGUGUAGUUUGUUAAAUUCAAGUUCAAAUAGUGAGGGUGAGGCAACUGUAACGAAUGAGAAACCGUCUGUGUGUUAUGAAACGGGGAAUGAAAAAAAUGAUGCUUUGACAAACGAAUAUGUCGAGAACCUAUGUGGCCACCAAGUUUGCAUUGAAAACAUUGACAGCAACACGUCGGACCAAUUAUCAUCUCAGAUCGAAGCUCAAGAUAGCAUUGCCUUGAUUUCAGAAAACACCGAUAUUGUGGAAAUGAGCGACGCUAUAGACUUAAUUUACGACACUGGUAGGAGCCUGUCAGCCAAUGCAGAUGCCACCGAGUCCUUCUCUGGAACCAUCAUGAUUAACAACCAAAGCAUCAUAGUAACCAUAGAAAACGGGAUACUGACUCUAGCUGCACCUCCAGAUGGUUACACCCACAAAGAUGACGGAAUGUUUGGCUUGAAGGAACACCUUGGAAUGAAAGACCAUGAGGACAUAGUGCUUCUCAACUUUGAUAGCGGGACCAAAUCCAUUGGGAAAAUAAGCAACAUGGCAGGUAUUCGGGCAGUUCUCCACGAACAGUCUCGGCUGGAUUUGACUGUGAGUGACUCGGAACUGGCUCUGGCUGACAACUGUUCACUGUCAGAGAUGGGCCUCUCCCUGGAAACGUGCCCAGUCAUCAAGCAGGAGAGCCGAAAUCUGUGUGCCAUAAGCGAAGGCGACUUGGUUUCCCAGCGCCCAGAGGGUUCUUCGGUUGACAAUGACGGCUUCCAGCCUGUCAGCAUCAUCGGCGCUUUGGGACUCUCCAAGAAAGGUGCCUUGGUCACGAUGUACUGCUGUCCCCAGCCCGGCUGCACCAGCACCUUCGACACGCGCCAAAAGCUCAAGAUGCACCUUCUUAACCACACUGAGGACCAGAGGCCCUUUAAGUGCACUUUUGAGGGCUGUGGCUGGGCCUUCACCACCUCUUACAAGCUCAAACGCCACCUGCAGUCCCAUGACAAGGUGCGCCCUCACAAGUGUGAGUGGGAGGGAUGCGGCCGCUGUUUCACCACGGUCUACAACCUGAAGGCGCACGUGAAGCAGCACGACCAGGAGAACACCUUUGUGUGCGAGAUCUGCAGCGAGCGCUUCCGCAGCGCUACGCGGCUGACCAAUCACCAGCGGGCCCAUUUUGAACCCGAGAGGCCGCACAAGUGCGAGUUUCCAGGCUGUGAGAAGAACUUCAUCACCUACAGUGCCCUGUUCUCACACAACCGCACACACUUUCGUGAGACGGGCCAGUUCAUCUGCGCCUACCCGGGCUGUGACAAGCGCUACGACAAAGCCUGUCGCAUCAAGAUCCACAUGCGUAGCCACACAGGCGAGAGGCCGUUCGUCUGCGACUCAGAGGCCUGUGGCUGGUCCUUCACCAGCAUGUCCAAGUUACUGAGGCACAAAAGGAAGCACGACGACGACAGGCGCUUCACCUGCCCAGAAGAGGGCUGUGGUAAGUCCUUCACCCGGGCAGAGCACCUCAAGGGCCACAGCAUCACCCACCUGGGCACCAAGCCCUUUGAGUGCCAUGUAGAUGGCUGCAGUGCCAAGUUUUCAGCGCGGAGCAGUCUGUAUAUCCACUCAAAGAAACACAAGCAGGAUGCGGGCAGCCUGAGGACCAGUUGCCCUGUGGCCAACUGCAGCAAGCACUUCUCCUCCCGUAAUAGCCUGAAGAGCCACAUGCUCAAACACCACCACCUCAACCCCGACGUGCUGAGCCAGCUGGAGGUCACUCCCACCCUGACCCCCAGCAGCGAACUUGUCAGCGCCUCCACCACCACAGGAACUGGCUCUGGGGGCGACCAGCUGGCCCACCUGGACCUCAGCUCCCUGUUCUCUGCUGUGCCCGGGGGUCCCGUGCCUGUACGCGGCACACGGCCUGUGGGUGCCUUCGCCAUGGACCUGUCACUGGUCAGCUCGGGAAUCCUCGCCAUCGACCCUGCUUCGGUUGGCUCAGCCCUGUGCACGUCCGGGCAUGGUGCCACCGUAGCCAAAGCUUCCUUGGAACCGCUCAUCCUUGCGGCCGGGGAAGACAUGGUCGGGGGAGUCCUCCCUUCUCGGGGCACCCUCCACCUGGAAGACGUGCAGACGGUUACCCCCGAGGCCCUAGGCUCCCUCACAGUCCUCACCAUGCAGGCUGCUAGCUCGUCCGCGGACCACCACAUCCUCAGCUCCUCCAGUGCACUGUCCCCCGAGCCCUUUCCCUCAACCCUGGCUGUGCCCCCCGGGCCCGGGCUCCUCUCGUCCCCUUCUAAGGUGGCUGAGGCUGGAGGGAGCAGGGUUGGCAGCAGGCCGAGGCUGGACUGUGUGGAGGUGCUGGGGCAGCACGAGGCAGACAAGGUGCUGACCCAGUUUAAGGGCCAUCGCGGCGGCAGCACUUUCAGCCCGCAGAAGGACUCCGUGCUCAGCCACAUCUCAGCCUACUCCUUCCUGGAGAGUAGUGGUUCAGCUCGGACCGACUACAGAGCCAUUCAGCUGGCCAAGAACAGGAAACAGAGCGGCCCCACCUGCUCAGCAAGCUCAGGAUUGUGCCAGAGGAAGAGUAAAGGUGGGAAGGCCAGCAGCGCUUCAGUGCCAAUGGUUCCCACAAGCACCUGUUUUGUUGAAGGUUCUGCAGCAGCCAAUGGGGGACUGACUAUCUGUGACCCUGUCACAGGGGCCCAGUAUGUUCAGAUACAACUCCUACAGGAUGACCCGGCCAGUGAAGGGGAUCUAGCCUUCCAGCUGAGCUCCCAGCCUUCCAGCUCCCAUUCCCAGCUGACCGUGGACCUGCCAGUCAACAUCCUACAGGAACCUCCUGCUAUGACGGAGGAAGACAAUGGCUCGGACAACUCCCAGUUUACAGGAAGCACCAUCAACCUGCAGGACCUGGAGUGAGAGGGAGGGGGUAUGAGAAAGUUGUGUACAUCUGGGGUGUGGAUGAAGUGGAACCCAGAACCAAAUGCACCUUGGGAAGAGUUGAAUGAUAAAUUAAAUGAACAUUUACAUUUUGGGACUUUUUUUCUUCUCACUUUUUACUGUUUCCGAAAUCUUGUUUGUACCACAAUCAUGAUUGCGAGAAAGACACGCUGUCUGUCUUUUUAAAGAGAGACUGUCAUUUUGCACAUCCAGUAGGUCCCUCGUCUCUUGUCAAACUGUGACGUCUUGUCAGUCUCAGCUACGUUGCCAUGUUCUAGACACUCAUACACUGUGCUGUUGUCAGAGCUUCUGUCUAAUAAUGCCUUACAGACACGAUGUACUAUACUCAUCCAUUUAGCAGACACUUUCUGUUUGUUAGACUUAUGUAGUUGUUUGUUAGACUUAUGUAGUUUUAACUUUUUGGUGGUGGGUAGGGUCAGAUAUAUUUUUCUACAGCUGUCAUAUGAGCUACAUAGGAAUGAGACGUUCAGAAUGUUGCCGGUCCACUUGUUUAUAAUAUCUGUAAUGCUUAUCUAUGUGUGACGACUUCCAUCUAGUUAUUUAUUAGCCUUGUUUUACAAAAUGUCUGAAUCCAAUCGCCAGGAGAUUAAAUAAAAGAUUGAAGCACAA